AUGGACUUCAGCAAGAUUCCAGCGGGCAUACCACCACCGGGCAUCACGCCCAACUUCUCGAACCCUGCAGACCGGAUGAAGACGGUGAUCAUCGCCUCGGCAUUCAUUCAAGCCAUUACUCUUGUCUUUGUUGCUGUACGCGUCUACGUCAAUGUCUGGAUGCACAAGAUCUGUAUUGAAGACGUCUUGUUGUACAUCGCCUGGUGCGCCUUCGUUGCUCAGACGAGUCUGACGAUAACUGCGGGCACUACGGGUGUCAUGCGGCAUUUGUGGGAUAUCAACUUUGCGAUAUUGCUGGAUGGGAGCUAUUGCUACCACAACACAGUCAUUUGCUAUACCAUCAGUGGGGGAUUCGCCAAAGCUGCAGUGUUUCUGCAGCUCAAGAAGAUCCUGACUACGCAGCUGCGCGGUGCCGUGUACUGGGUCAUUAUGGUCUCGCUGGUCGCAAAUGCAAUCGCGUAUACGGUCCUCCUCUUCCUCUACAUCUUCAACUGCUGGCCGCUUGCGAAGAUGCGCAACCCACUGCUUCCCGGGCACUGCAUUGACUGGAAGCCGCCGGUCAUAGUCAUUGGCGUCGUCAAUCUUGUAUCCGACAUCGAGGCUCUGUGCGUGCCUAUUUGGGCCAUCUGGGCACUAAGCCUAGAACUCAAGAGGAAGCUUCAGGUUUUUGCUGUGUUUGCUGCAGCCGUGCUGGCUGUGAGUAUCGCUGGUCUUGGACUUUACUUCAGAGUGGUAACAACACAACGCUAUGAUUACACAUGGCAUCUCCCGCAGAGUGCGAUAGUAAAUAUCGCUGAGCUGGGAACCGUCAUCAUUGUGGGGUGUAUUCCAGCAUUUACAAGAAUAGCCUGUUAUCAUAGGCAUAGAAAUGCACCGCCUCGUCCUGGGUAUUUCCAUUCUGUGGUGCGGAAUAAAGCCAGGCCAAGGAAGGACGCACUCGAUGAUAGCCACGACAGUGCGGGGCAGGAAUCGAAUUCGAUCGUGAUACUUGAGACGUAUGGGUAUAACAACAGCAUCGUCGAUCACAGGGGGAGUGAGGUUUCAUUUGGCGGUGAGGGCGAUGUGCAUGCUAUAUCGAGCCCGAUUGUGUCUACUGCCAGCAUGCCGGUCUAG